AGUUUAGUCUUUGAAUCCCAGGCUUUUUGGUGCCCAUAAAUUGGAGUUGGCUGCUUCUCUUCUCCAUCACUUUUUGGCCUAUGAGGCAAAGCUAGUUUAUCACCAAUACACCCUUUUCGUUCUUUCUCUUAGCUUUAUCCAAAGACCAUGUCGGUGGUGGCUGAUAAUUCCGCAAACGGUGGAAACCACCAGGUUGUUUUAAAUGUGAACGGCGAAACCCCCAAAAAGUGUGAUCCCUCGACCAACCAAGACUGUGUUCCCCUCUUGCAGAAGUUGGUGGCAGAGGUGGUGGGAACGUACUUUUUGAUAUUUGCAGGGUGUGCUUCGGUGGUGGUGAACCUUGACAAGGACAGAGUGAUAACACAACCAGGGAUUUCAAUUGUUUGGGGACUCACUGUUAUGGUUUUGGUUUACUCUGUUGGUCAUAUAUCUGGUGCUCAUUUCAACCCUGCUGUAACCAUUGCUCAUGCUUCCACCAGAAGGUUCCCACUGAAGCAGGUACCGGCUUAUGUGAUAGCUCAGGUGGUUGGAUCCACACUUGCCAGCGGAACUCUGAGACUUCUAUUCAAUGGCAAGAAUGACCAUUUCACAGGAACACUCCCCGCUGGUUCUGACUUACAAUCUUUUGUGAUCGAAUUCAUAAUCACUUUUUAUCUCAUGUUUGUCAUUUCUGGAGUUGCCACCGAUAACAGAGCGAUUGGUGAGUUGGCAGGGCUUGCAGUUGGAUCGACGGUACUGCUAAAUGUGAUGUUUGCCGGGCCAAUCACAGGGGCAUCGAUGAAUCCAGCAAGAAGCUUAGGGCCAGCAAUUGUGCACAAUGAGUACAGAGGAAUAUGGAUAUAUCUGGUGUCAACAACUCUUGGAGCUGUGGCGGGUGCAUGGGCCUACAAUUUCAUCAGAUACACUAACAAGCCAGUGCGUGAAAUCACCCAGAGUGCCUCUUUCCUCAAAGGUGAUCAAGCCGACUGAUUCAACACCAAAUGCAAGCAUUUUCCCCGGGAUUAGGGUUAAAAUGCGAGGAAGAAUCACUGAUUUAGUGCCAAAUAAUUCUGUAAUAUACCUAGAGGAUAUCAAAAGAUUCUGCUUGUCUACGCAUCCACCAAUAGUCAUAUUUUUGGAUAAAUCUUGCAA